AUGGAACCUCUUACCCUCAGUAACCCUGACGCUCCCAUUGUGACUCCUGUCCCUGCCCCUUUCUGCCCCCCUUUCUUCAGCAAUCUGGCGCUCAACCCGAAUCUGACGGGCAGCUUUCCAGAUGCUCUCGGAAACCUCCUGCAGCUCACCACGCUGGACAUGCACGGGUGCAGCCUGUCCGGCUCAAUCCCAUCCACCAUCGGCCGACUCACCAGCCUGAGCUACUUUCUGGUCAACCAGAACCGCCUCUCGGGCUCCCUGCCAACACAGAUCGGCACCCUCCCCCAGCUCUACAUGCUUGACGUCAUGGAGAAUCAGCUGGAAGGGCCCCUGCCGACCUUUGAGGGUGCAAACGAGCUCAACCACCUUAUCACCCCCAUCCCUCUCCCUAUGAGUAUCACCCCCAUCCCUCUCCCUAUGAGUAUCACCCCCAUCCCUCUCCCUAUGAGUAUCACCCCCAUCCCUCUCCCUAUGAGUAUCACCCCCAUCCCUCUCCCUAUGAGUAUCACCCCCAUCCCUCUCCCUAUGAGUAUCACCCCCAUCCCUCUCCCUAUGAGUAUCACCCCCAUCCCUCUCCCUAUGAGUAUCACCCCCAUCCCUCUCCCUAUGAGUAUCACCCCCAUCCCUCUCCCUAUGAGUAUCACCCCCAUCCCUCUCCCUAUGAUAUCACCCCCCCAUCCCUCUCCCUAUGAGUAUCACCCCCAUCCCUCUCCCUAUGAGUAUCACCCCCAUCCCUCUCCCUAUGAGUAUCACCCCCAUCCCUCUCCCUAUGAGUAUCACCCCCAUCCCUCUCCCUAUGAGUAUCACCCCCAUCCCUCUCCCUAUGAGUAUCACCCCCAUCUCUCUCCCUAUGAGUAUCACCCCCAUCCCUCUCCCUAUGAGUAUCACCCCCAUCCCUCUCCCUAUGAGUAUCACCCCCAUCCCUCUCCCUAUGAGUAUCACCCCCAUCCCUCUCCCUAUGAGUAUCACCCCCAUCCCUCUCCCUAUGAGUAUCACCCCCAUCCCUCUCCCUAUGAGUAUCACCCCCAUCUCUCUCCCUAUGAGUAUCACCCCCAUCCCUCUCCCUAUGAGUAUCACCCCAUCCCUCUCCCUAUGAGUAUCACCCCCAUCCCUCUCCCUAUGAGUAUCACCCCCAUCCCUCUCCCUAUGAUAUCACCCCCCCAUCCCUCUCCCUAUGAGUAUCACCCCCAUCCCUCUCCCUAUGAGUAUCACCCCCAUCCCUCUCCCUAUAAGUAUCACCCCCAUCCCUCUCCCUAUGAGUAUCACCCCCAUUCCUCUCCCUAUGAGUAUCACCCCCAUCCCUCUUCCUAUGAGUAUCACCCCCAUCCCUCUCCCUAUGAGUAUCACCCCCAUUCCUCUCCCUAUGAGUAUCACCCCCAUCCCUCUUCCUAUGAGUAUCACCCCCAUCCCUCUCCCUAUGAGUAUCACCCCUUCCCCCCCCUUAAUCUGUAUUUCCCCCCUCCCUCCCCUCUCCCACACUCCCCCCCUGUGGCCCCCCUGCCCGGCAGCCACAUGAGCAACAACCUCUUCACGUCUGUUCCAGCAGAGAUCAGCAGACUGCCCAAACUGCUGCACCUGCUGAUGGACAGCAACCGUCUCACCCAUGACUUUCCACUCGCUUUCAACAACACCAACCUCACUGUCAUGUAUUGUGACCCGUUUUCUCCUCUCCCACUCUCUCCCACCCUCUCCCACACCCUCCCUUCCCGCCCCACCAAGCAAGCAACUGCUGUAGUCACCAUAAUCCAUUGUUCUUCGCCCCCUGCCCUCCACCUUCUCCCCUCUUACCUUCCUUUCCUUUCUUCCUACCCUCUACUGGAGCCACCACUUGAACCUCUCGCCUCCUUCACCUCUCCACUCUGCUCCCUUGCUUUCUCCCUCCAUUUCAUCCCCCCUCUGUUCUCCCCCACUCAUUUCCCUCCCUUCUCCCUUCCCAUUCUCUCUCCCUUCCUUCCCCACUUCCUUUCCUCCCCUCCUCACUUUUCUCCCUUUUCCCUCCCCUUCGCCCUCUCUUCCCUCCCAAUCCAUUCCCUUCCCCAUCCCUUCCCCUUCUCUCCCUUCCCUCCCCUCUCUCUGCCUCUCCAUCCAGCUACUGGAGCAACAACCUACUGGAGCAACAACAGAAUACCCGGCCCCUUCCCUUCCACCUGGUUCUUCCCCCGACUCAAGGACUUGGACCUGAGCAGCAACAGUUUUACAGGAUCCAUCCCGGGCAACCAGCUCAGUGGUCCCCUGCCGGACCUCUCAUCGCUGCCCAGCAUCGUGUCACUCUCCCUCUUUGACAACUCCCUCUCCUCCCUGCCGCCCGCCCUGCUCGCCAAGAGCAACAACAUCACACUGCAGCUUUUCAACAACGAUCUCUGCAAGCCAUUCAAGCCAGACUACACGCAAGUCUGCUCCCCCCCGACCCCCCUCACCCAAUACACCACCCCUGCCUUCUGUGACGGCCUCGCCUGCGAGAACGACCUCUACAGCCCUAGCGCACCACUCUAUAACGAGUCACACUCUUGCGUGUGCGUGUCCCCGUUACGAGCCGACCUGGAGCUGUUUAUAUCGGAUUUCGUGGUGUACCAUGAGGCGCUGGUGCAGCAGCUGGAGCAGCGGAUCUUCUCGGAGCUCACCAGCAAGGCGCAGAUCAACAUCACCAGGCCACAGGUCCUCGUCUCUGCAAUCAGCAGCCCCUCCACGCUCGACUCACUCGCCUCCACCUUCGCCUCGGAGCACAUCAACCACCAGUCAACGCUCAUCAUCACGCUUCUCUUCUUCCCUCCGGGGGAUUCAACAAUAGCUGGUGGUGGUCCCCUCGCAUCACACCACAGGCCACAUGGCAUCCCCAAAGUCCUCGUCUCUUCCAUAAGAAGCCCCGCUUCGCUCGACUCGCUCGCCUCCACCUUUGCCUCGGAGCACAUCAACCACGAGUCAACGCUCAUCAUCACCGUCCUCUUCUUCCCUCCGGGCGGCGAUGGCAGCUGGCACCCGCGAGACACACCGCAGGCCAUCCGCAGCGCGCUCACCACCCGGGACCUUGCCGUGCGCGUUGCUCUUGGCAACUUUGGGCUCUUUCGAGUGGUUGGAUUCUACGGCCCCGCGCCCUACACUCCCCCCCCACCGCCGCAGCAGACUGCUUCCUCUGGGCUGAGCACGGGUGCCAUCGUGGCCAUCUCAGUGUCCUCCGCUGCUGUUGCCAUCGCCCUCAUUGUGCUUCUUCUCAUGCGCCCCUGGGAGAGGAGAGGUGAGGAGGAGAAGAGAGGUGAGGAGGAGAAGCGAGGUGAGGAGGAGAAGAGAGGUGAGAGCGAGGAGAGAGGUGAGGAGGAGAAGCGAGGUGAGGAGGAGAAGAGAGGUGAGAGCGAGGAGAGAGGUGAGAGGGAGGAGAGACAUGAUAGGAAGGAGAGGGGUGAGGUGGUGGAAAAUGUUAUAAAUCGACAAGAGGUGACCUGUGGAGCUUCGAGCACUACAGCCGACAGCACGAUCGAGGGGCUCCAGAUGCACCAGCGCAAGCUCAAGGAGAGCCAACGUGUGCUCACCACACUUCCCCAUCCCUCCUCGCCCCUCCCCAUCCCUCCCCAUCCUUUCCCCACCUCUAUGUUUCCCUGCAACAGGAGACCUGUGGAGUUCAGAGGACUACAGGGCGGUCGAGGGGCUGCAGAUGCUGGGCAUGCGUCGGUGCGAGCUCAAGGAGAGGCAAUAUGUGCUCCCCACCCCUCCCCAUCUCUCCCCACCCCUCCCCUUCCCUUCCCACCCCUCUUCACCCCUUCCCACCUCUCUGUUCUCCUACAACAGGAGACCUGUGUACUGAGUGGUGCGGAUCUCUGGGGGGUAGCACAGCAAUGCUCUGCCUUCACCUCGCCUCCCAUCUCUGCUCCCCAUGCCUUGCCUAUCUGCUCCCCAUGCCUUGCCUCUUUGCUCCCCAUACCCCACCACUCUCAGGUGUACCGAGGAGUAAUGGAAUGGGGGGAAGUGGUGGCAGUGAAGCGAGCCAAGGGCCACGUGAAGGUGGGUCAGGAUGAACUCUGUCAGUCAGGUGAACCUUCAGGUGGGUCUUCAGUUGUGCGGCACGAAAUUUUGCAACGGCUGCUCUCUGCCUUGUGCCACCGCAACCUCGUCGCACUGAAGGGCUUUUGUCUCCCUCUCCUCUCCUCUCCCAUUCAGCUGCUCUCUGCCGUGCGCUACCGCAAUCUCAAGGCUCUCAGGGCCUUCUUUUCGCAACGAGAUCCAGCUGCUGUCAGCUGUGCGCCACCGCAACCUGAUGGCCUUGAAGGCACCCCUCUUCCUCUGUUUCUCCAUCUCACCGUCUCUCCUCCUCCCGAACCCCCCCAUGCACGCCCCCCCACCCACCAGCUGUGUGGCACUGAGUUUCGCAACGAGAUCCAGCUGCUGUCAGCCGUGCGCCACCGCAACCUGGUGGCACUCAAGGGCUUCUGCGUGGAAGCAGGGGAGCAGCUGCUGGUGUAUGAAUUCAUUGAAAGGGGGACGCUGGAAGAUCUGCUGAGAGCGGACUCAAAGCAUCCGCUGACGUGGCGGCAGCGGGUUGACAUCGCGUGUGGCGCAGCCAGUGGGUUCGCAUACCUGCACCAUCAGAUCAAGCCGCCCAUCAUUCACCGCGAUGUGAAGGUGUGUGCACAACCGGGCAUGCUCAUAUGCCUUAGGGGCUUGCAUUGCGUGUGGGGCAAGGAAGCCAGUGGGUUUCCCUACCUGCACCAUCAGAUCAAGCCGCCCAUCAUCCACCGGGAUGUGAAGAUUUACCUCUGUGUUCCCCCCGAAACUGACAGCAUAUGCACCCCUUUGGCUACUUCCCCCUCUCCUUCCCCCUGCGCCGUUCCUUUCCCCCGCCACACCUACCACCAGACAGCCAACAUCCUGAUCACAGCAGGCCUCGAGGCCAAGGUGUCCGACUUUGCCAACAUCCUGAUCACAGCAGGCCUCGAAGCCAAGGUGUCCGACUUUGGUAUUUCCAAGGCUGUUCCUGAGGAGGUGGAGAAGGGGGGGAGGCUGGAGACGCAAGUGAAAGGGACUGUGGGUUAUUUGGACCCACAGUAUUUCCAGUGUGAUUUACUCACGGAAAAGAGCGACGUGUACAGCUUUGGUAUCGUGCUGCUAGAGCUAGCCACUGGUCUCCGGCCUGUGACCAACGGGGAGCAUAUCCGAUCGAUCGUGAUCGAUAGGGUUACCAACCACGGGGGCGUGUACAGUGUAAUGGACCCGGUAUUGAAAGCCUUGUGGGAGAGGCAGCAGGCGGGGGAGGGGGGGAGCGGGGGGGCAGGGGGAGCGGGAGUGGGAGGGGGAGCGGGAGCAGGAGGGGGAGCGGGAGCGGGAGGGGGAGCAAGGGGAGGAGAGGGCGGAGGUAACAGUGUGAAUGGGGAGGGAGGGAUGGGUGAGAGCGGGCCUUUGGAGGAAACGUGUGGGAGCGAGGCUCUGGAGGAUACGUUUGAGUGGUUCCUGCGGCUGGGGAUGCGGUGCAGCCUCAGGCAGGCUCAGAUUCGACCCGACAUGCAGCAAGUUUUGAAAGAGCUGGAUGGGAUCAAGAAGAUGCUCAACUGUGUCUCUGCCUCCCAUAGGGGUACUGGUGCUGAUGGUGCUACUGCUGGCGGUUCUGCUGCUGGUGGUGUUGUUUCUGGUAACUCUGGCGCUGCUAGUGGUGCUUCUAGUGGUGGUGGUGAUGGCAGCAGCAGGCGUGACUAUAGCGAGCGGUCCAAUGGGGGGAGGGGGGGGUCUAUCGGUGCAGUGAAUUCCCAAGCUGGUAGAUCAUUCUGGGCAGAGAUUGUUGCGUCGGCGUCGAAAGGGCCGAGCAGGUUUAAGGAGGAGAUUGCGGAGGAGAUUGAUGAGGAGGAGGAGGAGUCGUGGUUUGCUGAGCGGAUGAGGAGGGGGGUGAAGGGGGAUGUAGGGAAGGGAGAGACGUCAAGCAGUGAGGCGGAUGGGCUGCUGAACCACACGCUGACGUUCACAGGGAGUGAGCCGCAGAUCAAAGUGGUUCCGAGAUGA